AUGAAGAGAGAUGGGUCGCUUAGAGCGGGGUCUGUUCUCGGUCCCGCAAGCAGAUCGUCCCCUAGACGGAAAGGGCAAACCGCAGGUGGAAACUUGGGUAAAUCCCCCCGUGCUGUGAAGAGCCAGGUGCAGCGGCGGCAGCAGGGGAAGCAGGCGUCGCAGGGACGGCCGAAUACUCCCUGUCAGGUAGACACGAGCACGAGCGGAGGACAUGAUGGGUGCGGGCUGGAAGAGGAUGGGAGUCGUUUGAAUGGAGAGUGUUUGGGAAAUGACGGUGCGAUUUGUAGGGAGGCUGGUGGUGAAGAAAGCGGGGAGGAUGAAGGAGUGGGGUGCGGUGCUUGUGGCGUUUCAGUGGGUGGUGAGCCUAGCAAGGAGGUGUCUGCACCGGGGUUUGGUGGCACAGGAAACGGCAGCAGCAGAGGGAGAGGAGCAACGGGGAAGGGAAAGCAGGCGUAUGGAGUGGCUACACUUCGUUCUGAUGCGGUUGAGAUGGAUACAGAUGGGGAGGGAGACGAAGGGGAGAGGCGACUAGAAGUGAGACUAGACAGUUUGGAAGGAGAAGAGGAGGUGAGCGCAGGGGAAACCGUUGUCCUCGUUAUAGGCAGCGGAAACACUGGCCUUACAACGGGGGUUGUCAUGACUCCAGGCAGAACGAGGCGGAAGAGAGAGGGGGAAAGGACGGGGGGCCGGGGGAGAGGUGGAGGUGCGGGCAUGGGGCAAGGCAGGGUGAGAGGGACGGUGGGAGAGAGAAUACGACAGCUGGAGAUAGCAGCAGCAAGUGCGGCUGCCGCUGCAGACAGCCGAGCGGUUUUUGAGGGUGCUGUUGUGAGUGUUGCCGCUCGCGGUGCUGGUACACGCGGGGCGGCAGGGGCGGCAAGGGGGAGAAAGGGAGGGAAGAAGGGGAGUGGUGCGGGAGAAAGGAGGUUGUCUGGAGCAGGAUGGUCGUCGGGAGGAGAAGGGGAGGGCAAGAGGAGCAGGGGGAAGGGUGUUGGUGGUGGUGGUGGUGGUGGUGAGGGCGAAUCAGUGGUGGUGGAAUGCUGGAAAGAGGAUGAAGCAGUGGAUACUUGUGAGGGGAAUGUGGUAACACGGUUACUGGGAUACAAGGGAGCAGAGAGUCCUGAUCAAGGUGGCAUGGCUUCUCAAGAGGAACGAGCGUCAGUGUGUGACGAGAGACGAGACGAGAUAAGAGAGGGGAUGAGAGAGGGGAAGAGCGAUGAGAUGAGAGACGACACGAGGGACACGACGAGAGGGGAGAUGAUUAUGAGAGGAGGGGGUUUGGAAGAGUGUGGACAAGGGGUGGUGGAGGGAGGACAGCGCGUGCUGGUUAGUGAAGGAGGGUUGUAUCUUCGAGAAGGAAAGGAGCUGGGGGUGGAGGUGGAGAGAAGGGAAGCGGACGAGGAAGAAGAAGCAGGAGAGGGGGAGGAGUGUGACGAGGAGGAGGAGGAAGAGAGGGAGGGGGAGGUUGUGUGUCACGAGCUGCGACUGAGUGUGGAAAUGGAGGAGCAAGCGAGACAGGCGUUGGAGGGGGGAGAGAGUGUGCUGCUGGUUGAUGACGUGUCAGGACGGGCCUAUCAGCUGCUGCCAGCUGUCGUCGUGGAGGGGGUGGGCGUGGAUGGAGGGAGGGAGGAGGGGGAAGGUAGUGAUGAGGAAGAGGAGGAGGAGGAAGAGGAGGAGGAUGGGGAUGAGGGUGAGUGUGAUUGUGGGGAGGAGGAGGUGGAGGAGGAAGAAGGGAAGGAGGGUUCAGAUAAAAAGAGGGAGGCAAUGGUGAUGGAGGCAGUGGAAUGGGAGGAGGAUGGAGGGGAGGAUGAUAAGGAAAAGGAGGAAGUGAGGGACGAGGAACGAGAGGAUGCGCGGGAGGGGGAGGAAGAGAAGAGGAGGAUGGAGGAGGAGGAGAGGAGAGGGAUGGAGAGGGGAGAGUGGGAAAGGAGGGGACAGGAGGAAGUAGCUGGUGGAGAGGAGGCAUGGGCAGCAGAAUCUGGCGUUGCUGGUGCUAGUGAGAGAGGAGAUGAUGGGGCAGAAUCAAAUCUUGAAUCGAAUCCGGAGCAGAAUGUUGAUGCCAGAUUUGAGCCGCCGACUGAGAUCGUGCCAGUAAUAGAAGCAGAAGAAGACGAAGUGCUCAUCCUACCCUCAGCAGCAGCAGCUGCAGCCGCAGCCGCAGCCGCCGCAGCAGCAGCAGCGUCUGCUUUUGCUCCCGCUCCCACUGCUGGCCUGGGAAACCCUUCUGGUGCUGCUCGCACAGACCACCCUUCGCUAUUGUCACACAGCUCAGCCCGUCAAGCCGCUCGUUACAGUCACAACAAUCACCAGAUUCCCCGGGCCAUGCCGCCCAACCAGUGCUUCCUAACUCCUGUGCGCAUUGCUGCUCGUCGGGGGCUGUUUCGGAACGAGUGUGUGGCUCCUGCUGUGCUGGGAGCAGGAAACCACUCCCGAGGUGCUCCUGGGGCGUUGGGAGUGGGGAGUCAAAACAACCCCCACGGAGGAGGUCACUUUUCACAGUCGCGGGGUGAAAACCGUACCAGGGGUGGUGGAAAUAGUAGGGUGAGUGGGAGUCAGACUAUGGAUGGCGGGCGCGGGGUGAGGAGGGCGGGUGAGAGGUUGAGAGGAAGGAGUGAGGGUGGUAGAGGGGGUGGUGAGGAGAUUGGGAUGGGGAAUCAGCGAGCUACAUUGAGGCCUGUUGGGGGGUUGAGAUCUGGGGAGGUGAGGCGAGAGGGAGGGGCAGAGGGGAGUGUUGGGGGAGUUGCGGAUGUUGGGAUAAGGGGGAGUGCGGCAAGGGGGAGAGUGGUGGGAGGGGCAGAAUCAGGGGUAGAUGGAAGCUUGGGAAUGGCGGCAGGUGGAUUAGAGGGAGAAGGAUCAGGACCAGGAGGAGAUAUGUCUGUGGUAGGGGAGGGGAGGGAGGGGGGAGGUAGUGCUGGUGGUGCUGACAACACAAGGCGUGGAAGAGGAGGGAGGGGGGUGAGAGGGGGAGGAGCAGCGAGAAGAGGGAGAGGGAGAGGAGGAGAAAGAACGAGGGCAGAGAAUGCAUUGCACGAGAUACAAGAGGAGGAGAGGCAGGACGAGUUGCCGGACCAGGGAGAAGAGGAGUGCAGAGCUGCAGAAGGAGAGGGAGAAGCAGAAGGAGAGGGAGAAGCAGAAGGAGAGGGAGAAGCAGGAGGAGACUAUCUGAGCGAUGCAGCCACGCGCCUUUCCUCGGUGCAUGCGGACGCUCGUUUCUCUAGGCUGCCUUCCAUGCGGCAUGUGGUGGAGGAGGGAGAGUCUGAUGGCAGGGUGCAGGGAAGGGGGGCGGGCAGUGAGCGGGCGCCGCGGCGCUGGUGGCUCCUCACCGGCUCCUCGGCUUACCUGUGUGUGGCGUGCCCUGUGGUGCUGCGCCCUGUGCGCCCUGUGCACAGGACCACGGGCACGGGCACUGAGGAUGUGGGAAUCGGUGGAGGAGGUGGUGUGGCUGGGAGAGUGCCUGCUGCUCCUUGCUCGUCGCCUCGUGAUUCGCCGAGGGAAGGUGCUGAUGUGGCUGAGUGGCGUGUAAACGGGGCAGGAGAAGCUGGAGAAGGCGAGAUGGAAGAAGUAGGAGGAACAGGAGGAGCAGAGCGGAGAGCAGUGCGAGCAGCAACGGCAGAAGAAGCGAGUGAAGAGGAAGAGGAUGAGGAAGAGGACGAAGGGGAGACAUGGCACAUGUGCAUGAGAAGGAGAGUGCGCACUAGAGAAGGCGGGGUAAUUGGUAGAAGGGCAGGAGGGAGACACGGAGAAGGUGAACAUGUUAACAGGGAAGGUGAAGGUGAUUACCCGGAUGGAGUAGAUGCAGCAAAUACCGAGAAUGCUUUUAAUGGGGAUAUUUCUGCUGCCAGUGCUGGGGGCGUUGCUGCUACACAGGUGCAUGGGGCAUCAGCUGCAAGUGCAACUGCGCAUGCCUUGAGUGCUCGCAGUGGAGAGGGCAUGAGGAGCCGAGCCUUGUGGCGCUGGCAGCAGCAGCAGCAGCGCCUGAGGAACCAGUUCUCGCCCCUCCCCUCCCUCCUCUCCUCCCCCUCCCAUGCCCCUCGUACCGGCCAAUCCCGUCGUGACACGCGGCCCCGUGCGCUGAGUCAGAGCCAGCAGAAUCCGCGUCAGCAGCUGCCAGAGCAGCAGGAGGUGGGUUCGGGGCAGCAGCAUCUCGUGCCAGGUCAGCUUCUGCUGAGUCAGCCGCAGUCUGCGUCGAGUCAGCGCAGGUUGGGUCGGCGUCGCGUGUCUGUGCAUGGGCUAGCGGGCAGGCAAGUCAGGCAGAGAGGAAGUGGAGGGGACAGAAGAGCAACGGGGGCUGCGCCAGGGGCACGAUCGGAGGGAGUGCAGAGCGGUGAUAGUGAUCUGGAGGCGAAUGAAACAGAUAGGAGGGGUGGAGCGAUGGAGGGUGAAGAGGAAGAAAAUAUUCCUGCAGAACCUGAGGGUGGAGUUAGUGACAACGUGAGAAGGGUUGCGGCAGAAGAAAGGGAGGACGCUUUAGGAGCAGUAGAAGAGAGGAGUGCUGCUUUGGGAGUAGUGGAAGAGAGCGAGGCGAACAGUGGUUCGGGAGCGUUGCUACGGCAAGCAGGGAGUGGUGGUUCGGGAGAGAUUGAGGAGACCACAGGGGUGGCUGUAGAGAGGGGGAGGGAGAGGUUAGGUGGUGAGGAGGUGGUGAGGACAGCUGGGGAUGCAGCAGCAGGAGACUCAGAGGUAGAUACAUCAGGAGGUACAGGAGUGGCAGGGGCAGGGGGGGAGUUGGUGAGCUGUGGUGCUGCAAACAGUGUUGUGAACGGAGUCUGCUCACCUGCCGAGCCUACAGCAUCGGGUGAAAGUUCGGCAGAAGGUGAGGAGGUUGGGGAACCGAUUGGGUCGGAGAAUGUGUUGGAAGAGGGUGGCUGUCUGCAAGAGGCCGGCUCUUUGAACGAGCAAGGCGCUCGGGACGACAAUGCAAGGAACGAGGAAUGCUCUGAGGGAGUGGAAGACCGUGGUGUUAGUGACAGGCUAGCGGUCGGUUUGGCAGUGGCAGUGGGGGCAGCAGCAGGCAGCAGCAGAGGUGCAACUUGUGAGGUGCAGCAACAGGCGGUUGGCAUUGCAGAGCCGGCCGAGGGUAUUGACAUAGCAGGGGGUGUGCCAUCAGGUUGUGGUGCUGCAGAGAGAGGGGCGAAUGCAGUUGUGGCUUCUUUUGUACCAGCAGCCAUCGCCCCUUCAGAGGUCGAUGAGGGUGGGACUCAACCACCCUGUGCCGCUGCUUGUACUGGUGAGACACCUCGUUCAGCGCCGGAUGCAGCACCUGAUGCGGCUCCUGGCACAAGACAAGUCCAAACACCUGAGGAAGCACCUGAAGCUGGUAGCAGCCAGACAGCGUCAACAGCAGCCACAGGUCCCUAUGCACCUCACACCACUGCACCUCCCUCUAUUGCACCUCACACCAUUGCACCUCCCACUAUUGCACCUCACACCAUCGCACCUUCCCCUGUCGCGCCUCCCCCCAUCGCACCUUCCCCCGUCGCGCCUCCCCCUAUCGCACCUCACCCCAUCGCGCCUCCCCCUAUCGCACCUCCCCCUGUUGCACCUGCCCCUUUCCCGUCAACACUUUCCAUGCCCAGUCCCUCUUCCAUUGGCGAAGCAGCAGCAGCAGUAACAGCAGCAGGUGCUUUCCAUUCAUUCGUUCAUUCGAACACAGAUGCGCCACAGCCACAGGGUUAUCAGGUUACCGUGUUACCACAAGCACCAUCCAUGGGCACACCACCACAGGUGCUGCUGCCUUACACUCAUGACACACAGCAGACCUCACUACAGGCCUUACAGCCUGCCUUACAGCAGACAAUACUGCAGCAAUCUAUAGGCAUACAGCUCCUCCCCUCUAUGGGUCAGGAGCCUUCGCAUUCCACACCCUCCAAUCCAUUUGAGUUCAGCCUUGCUCCUGUCCCCCACGCUCCCACUAAUCCGUUUGACCCAUCCCAUCCGUCCAAUCUGCCAACUUGUGAUCCAACCCCGGUGCCGAUGCUGGCCGCCAGCUAUGCUGCUUCUGCUGGGUAUUCCCUUUCUACCCCUCCUGUCCCUUCUGCCCCUCCUGCUGUAUUCGCCCCGGGCCCCCCUGUGCCCUGGCAUCAGACAUACCAACAGCAUGAUAAUGGGCCGUUGCCAGGUGCCACACAGAUGACCACUGUCAAUACCGCCUUGCCUGUGCCCACGGGAGCACGCAUGGGCUCCCCGUUGGCUCGAAGGGGGAGAGAUGGCCACACAGGCUCUGGGGUGUUGCAUUCAAGCAACAGCUUUAGCGGUGGUGGUGCUGUUGGGAGUAGUGGUGCUGCUGGUGGUGAGGGUGUGAGUGGUGUGACUGGUGGCAGCAGCCGAGGGGAGGUGGUGUUGAGGAUGCACGAGCAGAGGCAGCAGCAGCGGCAGCGUCUCCUGCUGCUUCGGCUGCAGCGCAUGCUGUUGACCCGUGGCGAAUCACCUAUUAACGAGGAUGGAGAAGCAGGAGAAGGGGAGGAGAGCCAGCAGCAGAGUCUGACCCACCAGCAGCAGCACCAGCUGUACGAGCAGUUGCAGCAGAGCCGUGGAGGAGGCAGGGACGAACAGGCACUGAUUGAUGCUGCGAUUGAGCAAGCCCUCUUCGGCUCCUCCUCCUCAUCCACUCUGCUUACCAGCAGUUCUGCUACCGCUGCUGCUGCUCCAGGUUCUAGUGGUAUCGAUUCUUCUCGUCCUGCUGUCUCAAUGAGGCUUCCAGCAUCAGCGCGUGUCGUGGCAGCAAUGGCAGCAGCAGGAACAAACGCUGGGGCAGGGAGUGGCAUCGGCAUUGGAACAGCAGGCACUGUAGCAGGUGCUGUAGGGGGUAAUGUAGCACGUAGCACAUCAGGUACUGUAGCAGGCAGUGUAGCAGGAGCAGGAGUGCCACUGGUAGCAGUGCUGGGAGGCCCGCCGAUUCAAGUGUCAUCCAGGCGAACCCAGAGCCCUGCUCUCACCCACACACACGCUUGGGGGGGCGGGGUAUCCAGCAGCAGAAGGCAAGUUGGGGUGGAACGACAGAGGGGAGGAGCAGAGGAGCAGGAAGAGGAGGGGCGCAGGGGUAGGCGUGGGGGAGGAGCGGUAAGAGGGAGAAGAGGGGGAGAGAGUAUAGGAGGAACAGUAGCUGGAGAGGAUGUUGAGGCGAGUGGAGAAGAGGAAGGGGAGCCUGGGGAGGCGGUGUGCUGUGUGUGCAUGGAGAGGCCGAGGAAGGCAGCGUUUGUGCCGUGUGGUCACAUGCUGUGCCGCACGUGUGCUCAAGAGGUCAGGGACCGGCGCGGCAAGUGCCCUCUCUGCAAUAGGAAAAUCAAGGAUGUGCUUAAAUUGUACUGA